GUUCAUUUGGCUGCCCAGAAGACCAUGGGACCAUUUUACGAUCUAAAAAAAGAUCAAUUCAAUGAGAUCAAUCUGCCGGAGUGCUUUUCCAUCAGUUCUGCCUAUGUUACAUGGGUUCGGCUACAAGAGAAAGUUUCACAGACUGCGACACGGACCUUCCAAGCUCCCAGAAGCACAAAGAAAACAUAAGAGCAGGGACAAAGCCAUUGUAAAAUGACGAACUUUACAGAGGAAGACCUGGACCAUUAUUUGCAGAAUCAGGUGGAUCUCAGGCACCGACAGGUCUCUAAAUCUGUAGAGGAGGUGCAAAAAAUAAUCAAAGUCCUAACAGCUGAGAUCAGCUUAAAGGAUACCCGCUUCAAUUCCACCGCUAACACAGGAGUUCAAAAUAACACCUUCAAAGAUCAGCCUGCUCUAGCAUCAAAAUGGGCUGCAUUACUCCAGGGAAGGGGUAUUUUUAAUUCUUCUAUUCAGGUGCUGACUCCCACUCUGUUCCUGAUCUCUGUGCCAGUACGAGGUCUUACAGGUUAUAAGGAGAGACGGGCACGUCAGUGGCGAUAUUACACACUGAAUGGUUCACAGCUUCUUUCGCCAGUCCGAGAACCAGAGAAGCUGCACCAGUGGCUGGAACUGGAAAGCUUUACAAAUCCUAUUCAGGAGUGGCAUGAUGAACUUGUGGCCAUUGAAGGUGAUCUUGUGCCUUCUAAAGUAGUCAAUGUCUUCAAGGAACAGGUAGAGGCAGCUAUUAAGACCUGUGGGUUGGCAGACAAAUUGAGCAUGCAAGAGUCCUUGGGCUCAGUGGUGCGUGUGGCAGUGGAGACAUCAGAAGUACAGAUAGAAGUGGAGUUGGUGCCCACAGUAGAGGUGAUGAACUGCUGGCCUAAGAGAGCCCGCUGGCCUCGUCUGUUACAGAGGUGGCCUUCUACAGAGUGCACUCGCUGUAUUAAGUCUUUUGGUUUCAACCUCAUGGCUACUUCUAAUUACCACUGGCUGCUGUCGUUCUCACGGGCUGAGCAGGUGCUGCUGGCUGGUAUAGAUGAGGAUGGUGGCUGUCGAAGGAAGUGUUACAGGGUGGUGCGACAGCUGAAGGAGGAUGUAUGGUGCCCAGGGAGCAAACCUGUCAUCACUACCCACCAUUUACAAACUCUACUUUUCUGGACAUGUGAGAAGUAUCCGAGCACAAGGGAUUGGUGCAAUUUACAAGAGUGUGUGCUGCGCCUGGUGCAGAAGCUGCAUAAAUGUGUGUCUCAGCGUUACCUAAGGCACUACUUUGUGUGCACCUACAAUUUGCUGAAGUACACCAACACAAACGAGCUAGAUGAUAUGGCGAAAAAAAUCUCAGAGUUCCUAAACAAUCCAAGCACCUAUAUUCAUUAGUAGUUUUUUGUACUUCUUGCACCACUGAGUGAUGUGUAUUGUGUAUUUAAUAGCUUGCAACAUAAUAGAAAUACAUUGUUAACCAGUAAUGACUAGAUUUAAGAUGUGUACAUGAUACUGUAGUAGAGAGAGGACAGAGGAAACUCAACAAAAUUUCAUUAUGUAGACAUUAGAUGUAAAUGACUGUUGAAUAAAGAAGACUAAAGUUA